CGAUAACCAUAGAGCAUAUUAUAUAAGUGACUUUGUAAGAUGAUGGCUAGGGAGGAUCUACAAUGGAUUUCAUCACCUCCAGCAAAGCUAUCUGAGGUACAUCUCAGCCAACUGGAAGUAAAGCAACAUAGAAUGGAGGACAAAGCGUGGUGCUGCAAGAGACGGAGCGCGGAGCCGCAAGAGACGGAGUGCGGAGGUGCGGAGGGAGGAGCGCACAGUGUGGAGUGCGGAGUGCGGAGCUGCACAGGACGAAGGCCCAACGGUGGAGCCACGGAGGCUGGAGUCGCAGCCAGAGCUGGGCACGAGGAGAGUAAUCUCUGGCUUCUACUUCAACAAUUCGGGGAUUGUGUUUUGGCGUAGGAUUAUGUUAUUUUUGAAAUAAAAAAUAUACUUGAAAACUGAAAAGAUUAAAAAUGAAAAGAAGAAAUAAUGGAGACAAAAAUGAUAUGUGGAGCAAAAAAGUGGAC